GUGAGUGUGUGCGGGUGUGCGGUGUACAAGUACCAGCCAUCGAGGUGUCGGAAAAUCCCCUCGAAGCGACUUUAAAACGCGCGCCUAACACACGCUACCUGAGAAAAUAUACUUUAUAUUCCCCUCGCAAUAACCAAAAGAAAGUUCACUAAAAAAUUACAAAUCAACCAUAUAAAGUUACUAACAGAAAUUAUACCUUAACCAGAGCACACAACACGAUUUCGAAUCGAAAGCCAAAAAACCGAAUGCACAUCAACGACAGCAUCAAACAGCAGGAUGCCGACCCGUCGCCAAUGAUGAUUUAGUUGUAGAUGGAUUUCGAACCGAAUCUGAAGCUAUAGUUGAACCUGAAACUGAACCCACAAGUCGAGGAGAAGGAAGGACGUAGGACGGAUGAAGGCAGCGCCAGCAGAACGGAAAUGAAAUCAAAUCGCACAGCUGUUUUUCCACGCUUUUCCGCCGCGACGAGCAGCUGCAGCCGGCGGCAAUAAUAACGCCUUUGAAUUAUGGCCAAAGUUAAUUAAGGGCCAGGAGUGAGCGAGCCCCAAUACCCAGGACACGGGACACAGGACACAGAGCACAUAUAAAUCGCAUAAAUCAAUCGGAAUCCGCGAGCUGGGACAACAUGUGAAUGGCACAAUCCCAAUGUCAAUGCCUAUUUACAUGGCCAUCGAUGAAAAAUGGCCCAAACAAUAUGGUUUGGCCGCCAGGAGCAAGGAUAAUUGCAGCCACAGGAGCAGCAACAAUAGCAGCCACAGUCAAAUUGAAAACGCAAUGACUUAAAAUCGGCUUACGAGCGACGGCGGAUGCGUGAUUAAUUGCACUUUAAAUACAAACAAAAAUAAAAACGAAUCAGUACGAAAAUACCAGAGAAAACCAACACACCAACCACUUCAACCAAGAAAACAAACCAACAUUAAAGCGAACGAGAGUGUGGAAUAACAACGGUCAAAAUGUUGCCAACAAAUGUGAUGUCAUUCAUGAAGAAGAUGGUGGCCACCGAUGAGCAGGCGAACCAGGGCCAGCAGGGACAUGCGACAGACUCCGGCGGUGGGGCCUCCAACACGGGUGCCUUGAACAAGAUGAAGGCGACGCUAUCCUCGUCGCUGCUAACCGUCACAGACAAAGUUAAUAAAAUGUCGCCACGCCCCUCGCUGGUUCCGACGGAUGCGGACACCAGCGGCAGUUAUGGCUCGCCCAGCUAUCAGCAGCAAGGACAACAGCAGCAGCAGCAGCAGCAGGACUCCUCCGGCGGCAAUCUGAACAACAAUAAUAACAACAGCAGCAGCAGCACUGGAGGAGGAGCUGGAGCGGCGGCCAAACAGGAGCCAGGACGAAGGGCCGGCGCCUGCCGGGUGUGCCUGAAGUCCUUCAAGCCGGACGACUACCACAAGACGUGCUUCGAGUGCCAGCAGCGAGUGUGCGAGGACUGUGCCAGCUACAGCAAACUGGACGAGCACGAGGAUGCGACCAUGUGGCGUUGCAGUGUUUGCCGUCGGAAAAUGGCCUCGCGGGUCUGCAUUCCGCAGGACUCGACGGACUCCAUGCUGGACGUCCCGGUGCUGGAGGCCUUGCAGCGGCGUCACUCGGACGCCAAGCUGGGCAGCUCCACGCAAACCCUGGCUCCCAGCAAUGGUGCCGCCCUAGCCCCGCCACGGAGUCCCGAGCUGCGACGGCACUCGGACGUUUCGCCCGCAUCCUUAAAGGAGCUGGAAAGGCAACUCAAAGGCGGACGCAGCAUGGCGCCCAGUCGCUCCAAUAGUCCACCGCGUGGCGAUGGACAGGAGCCACCCUUUGGAGCGCCCCUGUCGCGUAUGCAGUCCCGAAGGGGUUCCCGGGUGGCAAGGCAGCAUAGCUACGAUGAUGAUAUGAAGGCUGGACCCGUGGGCGGCAGCAUGGGCGGUGGCGGUCCGGCGCUAGGCAUGGCAGCAGAUGGUUCUGGACUCGGUAUACCAGCCAUGCCGCGCAGAAAGUCCGCCUACGAUGUGUUUGCACCCGGACUAGUGCAGGCCGGUGCCGCUCCUGCCACUCAGCUGCAGAGAUCACCGGGCGAGGGUGGCAUUAUGCCACCCAUCCAGCUGCCCGGCUCGAGAAGACCCUCCUUCCGGGUGCCACAUGCCUCGGAGGAUAUCCAGAAUGAUGACUCGCCGGGAUCACCGGACAAGGGCAGUCCCGUGCUCACCGUUGACGAUGACCGACGAAUGCGGCGACGUGGUUCGCAACUACCCGAUAUUGCCAUGCUGCAGAAUCGCGGUGCUUUGCCGGCUGUGCCACCCUCAUCAAUACCGCCUCCAAUGGCGUCUUUUACCGGUCCCAAUCUCGAGGAUUUGGAGGCGCCGCGACGACAGACCUCCAUGGAUGGCGAGGCCAUUCGGAUUGUAAUACACGAUGUGGAUUCCGGACCGAUUUGUGCAUCUAAGCGGCGCAUCAUUCUGCGUCGAGAUCCCACGGACAAGGCGCACCGCACACGUGGCUUCGGGAUGCGAGUCGUUGGUGGCAAGACUGGAGCCGAUGGUCGUCUCUUUGCCUACAUUGUAUGGACGGUGCCCGGCGGAGCAGCGGAGAAGAAUGGCCUGCAGCAGGGCGACAAGAUACUGGAAUGGAAUGGAAUGUCCUUGAUCGAUCGAAGCUUCGAGGAGGUCUGCUCCAUUAUGGAUCGCACCGGGGACAUUGUGGAGUUGCUGGUGGAGCAUGCCACGGAUUUCCGGAUGUGCGAUUUGUUCGACGAGAAUCUGCCGCCGGGAAAUGCCGGUGGACAGAGUGGACCACGGCGUUCCGGGGACGGACCCGUGGGCCUGGGCCUCAUUGCGGAACCCGAAACCACAACAGACAAAUCACCAGCAUCGCCAACUAGACGGAAAUUACCAAAAACUCCGGAGCAAAUUGCCCGCGAGAAACUGGUCACCGGUCGCGUCCAGAUCCAGGUCUGGUAUCAUGCGGAGCGCCACGAGCUCGUCGUCUCCCUGAUGGCCGGCGAUGACCUGGCCUUGAGGGACGAGGCCUAUGGACAUGGCAACCUGCCGGAGGCAUAUGCCAAGGUCCGCAUUCUACCCAAAUGCGGCGAUGGCAGUGUGCAGCAGACGGAGGUGAGUCGGCCCACCCAGAAUCCGAUUUGGAAUGCCACGCUGACCUUUGGUCAUGUGAAGGCCGAUACCCUAAUGGAUCGCUAUAUAGACAUUCAAUUGUGGGACUUGGUGCCACAUACCGAGUCCAUCUUUUUGGGCGAAUGCAGUAUUGAGCUGCAGCAGGCCUUCCUCGAUGACCAGGCCAUCUGGUGUCGGUUGGAGGACACCAAGGGGUUGCGUGGCAUUAGUAUUAGCAAAUCACCUAGCGUGUCGCCACGUGGCUCCAUUGCUGCCGGAGCUGGUGCUCCCUGCGGCGAUGUGACUCGACUGCUGAGGCGAGACUAUAAUAUGCAGCGCUCCAUCUCCGAUGAUGUAGACUCCAUCGGAGAUGGGACAUCGCUGCUGCAUCCGGAUCAUGCUUGGAUUGCCGGCUCGAGGCGUGGCUCCUCGCAGUCGGAGACCAUGGAGGUGGAGGUCUACCAGCUGGGCAAGGACUUCUCGCGCUCAUUGCCGGGUUCGCGUCGAUCGAGCUUCCAGGAUGCCGAACAAAAGCGGCUGCAAGAGGAGGACGCCAUGGCCACGCCGCCCACCUCCUAUCUGGUGGGCCGGCGCCGUUCGUCUGUGGCUCGACGCGAUCCGGAUGAGAUCUUGAAAUCCUUGAAGGCUGUGCGCGGGGAGCUGGGACGGACCAUGAGCCUGGGCACCGAGCAGCACAAGCGUAUGGGAUCGCGACGUACCAGCCGGGUUGGCCUGCCCAGCGGACCCAACAGCCGCAAGAGCUCCAUCCUGGACCUGACCCAGCAGCACCAGCAGCAGUUGCAGCAACUGCAGCAGCUCCAACAACUCCAGCUCCAGCAGCAGCAGCAGCAGCAUCUCCCGAUGGGUGUGGGCAAUGCGGACACCAGUCCACCAUCCGAGGACGAGGACAAACGCUAUCGACCACGCUGGAAGGGCUCGGGUAGCCAGCUACCGCCCCAGAGUCCUAAGCAGGCUCUCUCCCGGCUCAAGCAGGCCGCCUCCGUAUCGAAUGUGACCCAGGAUGCAGGCAGGCAGAGUCAGUUGCUCUCCACCGGCCAGUUGCAGCAGCAACAGCGCAAGGGCAGCAUGUUCCAGCUGGGCGAAUCCCAGGCUCCAGCUCCGGCGGCCACUACAACCACCACUCAGCUGCAGCGUAAGGGUAGCAUGUAUGUGGCCAAGGUCACGGAGACACCGCCUCUGGGCACACCCACCCGCAAGGGCAGCGUGUACCAGAGAAGCGGCACCGGUUUGGGCAUGGACACCAGCCUGGGUGUUGGCAAUGCCGGCGACAGUCCACAGCGGAAACAGAGCGUGGUGAAGACCCUUAGUGGCAGCUAUGUGAACACAUCACCCAUCACGGGCGGAGAGUCCAGCUACGGGCUGAAGCUGGGCCCCUCGCAAAUCCAUCCCAAGGGCUAUCGUCUGACCACUGCCCGCUACGGGGAGCUCAAGAUGGGAUUCGUCAAGAUCAAGGGCAACGUGGAGGUGGAGCUAAUCUGUGCCAGGAACAUUGUCAACGAGGACUGUGAGACGCCGCCAGAUACAUAUGUCAAGUGCUAUAUCAAGGACGGUGACCGGCUGCGCCACAAGAAGAAAACGCGGGUGGUGCGGCAUGCGGCGGAGCCCUUCUACCGCCAGACCAUUAAGUACCAGAGUUCGGACGUCUUUGGCCGUAACAUCGUCAUCAUGGUGUGGCAGAGGUGCGUGGGAUUCGAGCACAACCAGGGAUUGGGUGGAACGGAGGUGAACCUGGACAAGGUGAACAUUGGACAGCACAUCAAUGGCUGGUAUCCGCUCUUCCCGAUGCACAGCUAUGGCGGCUCCGACUCGGACAACUCUCCCUGACCGAACAACGCCACCGCCGCCGCCGUCCAUCAGUUGCGGGCGCAGUGCCGGAGUCCCAAGGACUCGGAGUUAUCACUGCAAGCUCAAUUUGUUAGCGCCUAAGCAGGAUCAAUUUGGAGCAUCCUUACUAUGCAGAUAUAAACCCUUGCAUUCCCUAGAGCAUUAUGCAUGUCCCUUCCCUCCCCUGUAUAUGUAUUAGUUAUAGUCAAAUGAGCUUAGCACAUGGGCUGGCAUGGAGUUAAAAGGAUCAGAUCGGUUUGGAUUGGAUCAAUAUUGAAAUGGGGUUAUGUUACACUAAAGCAGGGAUGCCAUGUCCUGGCAUCCUUGUGCACCAAUCACUCGUGGUGAGAGAGCUUUGUAAGUAAGGUACGGUUAGGCAGCACUAGAAACAAACAAAAUAAAAAGGGGAAUUACCAAUAUCAGAAGAGCACAAUAAUUGAGGAAUCGGAGUACCAGAAGCAUAUACAUACAUAUGCAAACACAUUUAUAUAUAUUUUUGCUUGUUGUGUUUGUGAAAGUUUAAUGUUGUUUGAGAAUGGAUUGAAACGGGGCACCAAAAACAAAAUAAAAACUACAAUAAUGUUGAAAUUUUCGAGGCAACGAAGCGGGGAGAUCCUUCAGUUGGGAUCUCUUCCCCCCGGGAGAAAAGGGAUUUAAAGCUUGGUAGCUGAACGAAGGCAUAUAUCCAAUUAAGUGUUAAUUAAAUGUUGCGCUAUAAAAAUCCAAUAACCAAAAAAUUAAAUAAAAGCCUAUCUGUACAGCUGAAAACCCCGCAAAGGUUUCAACUGCUCUCCUCUCCCCAAAAAAAGAAUAAGAGAACUCACACGAAAUAUGUAUCUGAGUAUCUGGAGAACUAUACAUCUGAAUAUCUGAAAAUCUAAUGAGUAUCAAAAUUAUAUCGAAUAAUAUCUAAAGAAUCGAAUGAAGGAUAUCUAGUUUAAAACGACAAUCUUUAUGGGUGUGCGCUUGUGUGUGGGGAUGUAAGAACAAAUUUGAGAUUCGAGUGCGACUAACGCGUGAUUAAGACGAAUUUACUGUAGUCAUUUUAUGGUAGGGCAUUGAUUGCACAACACAGCAGAUAAACAGACAUCCUUCUCUUCCGCACAUCCUUCGCUUCCUUUAUUUCCACACACACACAGACAGAAAAAAAACAGGACAAUCUCUUGUAAUGAAAAAGUGAAAAAUUUACAUUUUCGUAACUUGUGUAUAAAUCUACUCGUAAUAUCUAAUCAACGUUCAGCCUAACGACUUGUGAGUUUCAAACUAAAGUUACAAAAUAUAUAUAUAUAUACUCUAUAUAUAUAUAUUUCUUUAUACAAGGCUUACACUUUAGAGAAGUACUUAAAAUGCGAAGCAGAGACAGUGUGGAACUUUUACUGUCCCAACGUUAGUUAAUGGUCCUUAACUCCGACCCAUUUCCGCGCGAAACUUAACGACUAUUUAACUAUAUCUCGGUAUCUGUAUCUCUAUCUGUAUCUUUAUCAGCAUCUGCAUCUUGGUCUGCAUCUGUUAUCUAUCCGUUUCAAGGGCAGCUGCGGGCUUCUUUUAUUGUUAGAUGUUGCUUUAAAGCCCCAUAAAUAAAAGAGAACAAAUACUUAGUACAGCAGAUAAUCCAUUUGUCUGAGCAUAGCCAUUGUUGUAUCUUGUAAGUACUUGGUAGUCGUCAAGGUAGUCAGGGUAAAAAAAAAAUAAAGAAGGAAAAGUGAAACGUAGACACAAUGAUAUAUAGAUUCCUCUUUUUCUCUCGGUUAACUAAUUAAUUACUCUUCGCAAUCCGGCUGUUGACUUGCCCAAGUUGUUCUAUAAACGAAAACUAAAAUGGUUGUGCUAUCUCAAAAUUAAAACUACUAUAUACUAACUAACUAAACUAAUGUAAUUACUAAUUACUGAUAUUCGGACUCAUUGUUUGAGCUACUUUUUAGGCCAGAAAAAAAAAACAGAAAAGAAAAGAAACACGCUACUAUGUCUUAGGUCUAUUUGGUCUAUUUUCUACUAAACCCAAACCCUAACUCUAAUUCUAAUACGUAUUCUACUUAGUCCGGUAUGGGAGUACCUUGGAAACACUGUAAAAAUAACACCAUAUCAGCGUGUAGGCUGGAGAGAAAUAUUUGUGGGGAGGAUUGCGCUUCAAAAGUGCCGAUGGGCUGUAGCAAGGCUUAUAAGGAUACAAAUCUUAACUAACUUGUUAAACAAAUAAACUUAGCAACACACACUAUGUAAAACCAAAUAUGAAACCCGUACAUAUUAUAUAAAAAUAUAUAUAUUAUA